UGAGGAGGAAGAAUUGUAAAGUCUAAACUGCACGUGAAGCAGCUUUGUCUGUUUUAAAGCCACUCCAGACUGGACUCAGGAUAUUUUUAAAUUCCUUGUGGUGUGUGACAGAUUCUAUGUACGAAGGAGAGUCAGAGUAGAGUUUUGGGAUCUUUUUAUAUCUUUAUAUUUUGGAUUUUUUUCUCUAUCUCACUGUGGGCGAUAGCGUGUGUGUGUGACAGAGAAGAAAGUGAUUCUGCAUGUGUGUGUGAUAAAGAAAGAGGACCAGGAUGAUUGCAGCCCAGCUACUAGCCUACUUCUUAACUGAACUCAAGGAUGACCAGGUUAAAAAGAUUGACAAGUAUCUGUACUCCAUGCGUUUCUCUGAUGAGACAUUACUGGACAUCAUGCAACGGUUUCGGAGGGAGCUGGUCUCAGGAUUGUGCCAGGAAACUAACACCACCGCUACACUGAAGAUGCUGCCAACAUUUGUUCGGUCAAUCCCCGAUGGCUCUGAAAAAGGAGACUUCAUUGCUUUGGAUUUGGGAGGCAGUAACUUCAGGAUCCUUCGUGUCAAAGUGAGUCAUGAGAAGAAACAGACCGUUCAGAUGGAGAGUGAGAUCUAUGACACACCAGAGGACAUCAUUCACGGCAGUGGAACAAGAUUGUUUGACCAUGUGGCAGAGUGUCUCGGUGAUUUCAUGGAAAAACACAACAUCAAAGACAAGAAACUCCCAGUUGGAUUAACUUUUUCCUUCCCCUGCCGGCAGACCAAAUUAGAUGAGGGCUAUCUGAUAACAUGGACAAAGCGAUUCAAGACCAGUGGAGUGGAGGGGAUGGACGUGGUCAAGCUGCUCAACAAAGCUAUUAAGAAACGAGGAGACUACGAAGCUGACAUCAUGGCUGUAGUAAACGACACGGUUGGAACAAUGAUGACCUGUGGUUUUGAUGAUCAGCGCUGUGAAGUUGGCAUCAUCAUUGGUACAGGUACCAAUGCAUGCUACAUGGAGGAGCUGCGUCACAUUGAUCUGGUGGAGGGAGAUGAGGGCAGGAUGUGUGUGAACACAGAGUGGGGAGGCUUUGGAGACGACGGCAGGCUGGAAGACAUCAGGACAGAGUUUGACAGAGAGAUAGACCGAGGCUCUCUCAACCCCGGCAAACAACUAUUUGAGAAGAUGGUCAGUGGUAUGUACAUGGGGGAGCUGGUUCGUCUCAUUCUGGUGAAGAUGGCCAGAGAAGGCCUGUUGUUCGAGGGAAGGAUCACCCCCGAGCUGCUCACUAAAGGGAAAAUUGACACCAAACAUGUCUCAGCCAUAGAGAAGAGUAAGGAGGGGUUGUCAAAGGCCAAAGAGAUUUUAACAAAACUUGGUGUGGAGCCCUCACAUGAUGACUGCAUCGCUGUGCAGCAUGUUUGUACCAUCGUGUCUUUCCGCUCUGCCAACCUGAUAGCUGCCACGCUGGCUGGCAUCCUGUUGAGGCUAAAGGAGAACAAAGGAGCGGCACGACUCCGAACCACUGUAGGCAUCGAUGGCUCUCUCUACAAGAUGCAUCCACAAUAUGCCCGACGUCUUCAUAAGACAGUUCGCCGUUUGGUCCCAGACUCUGACGUCCGGUUCCUGCUAUCGGAGAGCGGCAGUGGAAAAGGUGCUGCCAUGGUGACAGCUGUGGCCUACAGACUUGCUGAGCAUUCACGACAAAUUGACCAAAUACUGUCUGAAUUUCGCUUGACAACCGAACAGCUGCUGGAGGUAAAGAAACGUAUGAGGGCAGAGAUCCAGAACGGCCUUUCAGGGAACACUCAGGACAGUGCUACUGUCAAAAUGCUGCCAACCUUUGUACGAAGCACUCCGGACGGCUCAGAGAACGGUGAUUUCCUGGCUUUGGAUUUAGGAGGAACCAACUUUCGAGUUCUGCUGGUCAAGAUUCGUUCUGGGAAGAGGAGAUCAGUGGAGAUGCACAACAAGAUCUAUGCUAUUCCUCUAGAAGUGAUGCAGGGUACAGGAGAGGAGCUGUUUGAUCACAUCGUGCACUGUAUCAGUGACUUCCUGGACUACAUGGGGAUGAAGAAUACUCGUCUUCCUCUGGGCUUCACCUUCUCAUUCCCCUGCCGGCAGACCAGCCUAGACGCUGGCACCUUGUUGACAUGGACCAAAGGCUUCAAGGCAACAGACUGUGAAGGAGAAGAUGUGGUGGGACUGCUGAGGGAAGCCAUUAAGAGGAGAGAGGAAUUUGACCUAGAUGUGGUGGCCAUAGUUAAUGACACAGUGGGAACCAUGAUGACCUGUGCCUAUGAAGAACCCACCUGUGAAAUUGGACUCAUUGCUGGUACUGGCAGUAAUGCAUGUUACAUGGAGGAGAUGAGAAACAUCGAGAUGGUAGAGGGAGAUGAGGGACAGAUGUGUGUCAACAUGGAGUGGGGGGCUUUCGGAGACAACGGAUGCCUUGAUGACUUUAGGACAGAGUACGACCGCGCUGUGGAUGAGUUAUCACUCAACCCAGGCAAACAAAGCUAUGAGAAAAUGUGCAGCGGCAUGUACCUCGGUGAAAUAGUGAGGAACAUCCUCAUAGACAUGACCAAGAAAGGAUUCCUGUUCAGAGGACAGAUUUCUGAAACACUGAAGACCAGAGGAAUCUUUGAAACAAAGUUCCUCUCACAGAUAGAGAGUGACAGGUUGGCUUUACUGCAGGUGAGGUCCAUCCUGCAACACUUAGGGCUGGACAGCACUUGUGAUGACAGCAUCAUAGUCAAAGAGGUGAGGUACAGUGAAAUACAUAUUGCUGCUCAAGGGGGAUUUGGAAUGGCAGCUGUAGUCGACAAGAUCAGAGAGAACCGAGGAGUGGAACAUCUGAACAUCACUGUAGGGGUGGACGGGACACUCUACAAACUACAUCCACAUUUCUCUGGGAUUAUGCACCAGACAGUUAAAGAACUGGCUCCUAAGUGUAAUGUCAACUUUCUGCUGUCAGAGGACGGCAGUGGGAAAGGAGCUGCACUCAUCACAGCUGUGGGCUGCCGACUGAGACAAGAGCUGAACAAUAAAUAGAAAGUAUCUCUUCUGUCUUGCUGUUAUCACUCCACUUCCUCCUCUACUCUUGUCCUCUACUCUUUUCCAUGCCAUUGUCUCCUUUUCUUCCCAAAUCAAAUUCGGUCAUUCAACAGAUCAAGCUCCAGUAGCUGCUUUAACUACCAGAAAGUCAGCCACUGUGCUGUAGUUAGAUUAGUUCUGAUUAACCAUUGUACCAAUACAAUACAGGUUUUGGUAUUUUUUGGUUUCUGGUUUUAAACUUAGGGAUAAAACAAGAACUUUAGAUCCUGUGAUAAAUGUGCAGGACAGAAGAAAAAAAAAACUUCAUACACUCUGUGAUAGUCUUGUGUCUCCCCCUGAAGGAUUCUUCCAGUAACUGCAGUCGAUUAUAAUAGAACCUAGCACAACAGUUCUGGGACCAUUUUAAAAAAUUCCAGAAAAAAACUUUAAACUUUGAUAUUUGCAACUUGUAGAGCAGAUCUAGGAACAUAAAAACUGUUUUAAAUGAAAGUCACCAAAGUGUGUCUACUGUCUGCUGUAGGCUUCUUGCUGUCUGUACAAGAAGACAUGUGAAGUGAUAUAUACAUGUGUAAUGAGAUAAAUAUUUUUGCUUUAAGGUUUAUAAGAUCUUACCCUGACAUAAUACAAUAUGUUAUACAUGCAUUGUUGCUAUUUAUUUUAUUUUUAUAUUGGGAGGUGUUGAACAAUAUUACUGUUGCAAUAAUGAUGCACAAAGUUGAAGCCAUCAUCAAAGUCCCCUCAGAGAUACCGGUCCUGUGAGUGAGGGCAGAAAAAAGAGAGGGAUUCCUGCAAGGAUUUGCAGAUUUUGGUUUAAUAUUGCAGUCUUAUUCUUCUCUAAUGUACUCCACUGUAAAAAUAUGUCCAAACAUCACAUGUAUUUUUCAUUAAGUAGAAAUUCUGCUGCUGGUACUAAAUAAAGCUAUUGAUAGUUUGUUGUUGCCUUAAAGCUACAGUAUGUUUCUUAAGGUAGCGCUAGCAUGAAACUCUAAAUCAACCCACUCUGCCCCGCCCUUCACUCCCUCUACUAUGUUCUGCCACACUGCCAAGCUCUUCAGAUGUUUGUCAUUAUGAAUACUGAAGAAAUGAGAAUGUAACAAAACUUGCUGUUCAAGUACAAAUAACUGAAAGUCUCUGAUUGGCCAGACAGGUCUAUCCCGCUCAAAACCUUUUAGAAGCUAAUAUCUCUGUGCUGCUGCCAGAGCUCUUCAAUGAGUCUGGGUCAGAGGAGGC